AUGUUUGAGCUACCCGUGGAAGAUUGGCCAAAAAGCAACAACAACGAAACACGCUGCCCAAUAGAAGGCUUUUCCUUCUACGUCUACGACGAACUACCAAGCAACUUCACUAGUGACAUUGAAGAUUUUAUCUGCAUACGGGUUCAGCAACGACAAGUUGUCCCAGAAAACGUGGCUACGGAAUGGGCCUUGGUUCAGUUGUUUCGCACAAGUCCUUGUCGAACAAUGGAUCCGCACAACGCUACAUUCUUGGUGGUACCAUACAUGCAUUGGAGUCAUUGUCACUUCACAGAAGGUAUUAGCCAGCUCGAUUGUCGUCAAAUUUCUGAUGGAGAAAUGAAUGCACUCCAUGCAGCCCUUCCAUACUACCCCCAGCACAAACUGAAGCAUCUCUACAUCCAGGUCCAAUCUGAUGCCAUGUUAAAACGCGCCAUCACUGCUCAAACGUGGCGUCUUGUGGCUGGCCCCACUGAUGGGCGCCUUGGUAGUAUUGUGCUGCCAAUUUUUCACGACGAGCCUAUGUAUCAACCCAGCAUGCUUCACCAGCAACUGAACGACCUUGAGCAUCAAAACAGACAGUACUCGUUUGUGGCCUUUUACAACAGUGUCAAUAGACGAAUGUCAGGCCUCAAGCCUAGACGGUUUCGACGGUACUUUUCCAGGACUGUAAAGUCGGAUCUGAUGAACAUACCGGUCGAUGGAGAAACCCCCGCGGACUACAGCAACAACUAUACUUUCUGUGGUAAGCCCUUUCUGGCGGUAGACUGGGGUGAUAAGCAGCUGGGUAAAUAUCCCCAAGUGGACUUUAUGCAGAAGUAUCGGGAGUCCAUUUUAUGCCCAGUUCUGCCUGGCGACUCGUGCUGGCAGCGCCGAAUCUUUGAUGUCAUCCGCAAUGGGUGCUUGCCCGUGGUGCUAGAGUGGCAGCUGGAUGCCAACAAUAAUCGAAGGGGCUGGCACACUGUGCAAACUGCGUGCUCCAUCGAGGAGUCCUAUCCAUUUUUAGCGCGACAAAACAAAGACGAAACUCUGAGUAUUGACUAUGAUUCUUUUGUCAUUACUGCACCCGGCAAUCCGCAGGAUGAAACAAAUGUGACAUCUAUCUUUGAAGCGAUGAAACGUGUCCUCAACAACCCACAAGAAUUAGCACGACGGCAGACCAAGAUGAAAGAGUAUGCCACGUUGUUUACGUUCGGGUUAGGCGUGGACGCCCACAAAUACGACGACGCAUUUCGACACACCCUUCGAAUCCUUCAUGCUCACAGCAAGUCAAGCCUAUACCCUGCAUGA